CUAACACAACAGAAGCAUAGUGACUUGUCGGCUUAUGGCUUGAGGGAGGAAUAAAUGAACGACGUUUAGUGGAAAUACUAUAUUUCUUGUUUUGUCUUCGAAUUAUAUCAUUUAUAGUGGAUUAUACAUUUAAUUUGGAUUUGAUAUAUGUCUAAUGUGGCCAUGAUGGGCGCUCUCAAAUGGAAUGUGUCGGUUGUCUGUGCUUUUAUUUUCAGCUUUUCUUUAGUAGUUUUUCCUGCCAGUGUUCUCUCAAAUAUACACCACAACACAUGUGCGAAUGUUCAAGAGGAGUUUUUGCGAUUAAAAAUUGGUGUUAGAGAUCUUGUCCCAGAUAAACCCCACCAUGUUGCCCACUUAGCUGUAUGUGGGAAGGGUUUGAAACACCCUGGUCAAAGGCUGUGUUGUGCCAAUGCUACCGUAGAAAAAUACCAUGUGGCUGCUAAUAAAUAUUUAACCGAUAGUCUUCAUUCUGGAACUGCUUUUCUCAAGAAAUUUCUAAUGGAUAAACACCAACAAUAUGAAGAACGAUCACAACUUUUUUUAGAUGAGGCACAGAACAGAACUUCCGUUCUUUUAACUCACAUGCACAAUAUUCCAUGGACAAAACACCACGAUGCAGUGAAAGACUUUUUUCUCGAUUUAGAGAAAUAUAUUACAGGACAGAACGACAAUCUACAUGAGAGUGUGAAUACUUUCUUUAGUAAACUCUUUCCUUCAGUAUUCUAUUACACUUUAAAUGAUCCAUCUUUUAUACAAAUGGACGACAAAUACCACGAUUGCCUUUCUAUGCAUGCUGAACAGAUCCGACCCUUUGGUAAAGUGCCUCACGAGUUAAACAAGAAACUACAUCAUUCCUUAAAACGCUCCAGAUCCUUUGUCAGUUUGUUGACCAAUAUUGUGGAAGCCAUGAACACCACUGAAAAUAUCAACAUAGAUAAAAAUUGUGUGGAUGCCGUCACCCGUCUACAGUACUGCUCGCGAUGUCACGGACAUACAAAUGUAAAGCCAUGCCACGGUUUCUGUUUAAAUGUAAUGAGAGGCUGUCUUUCCACUCUAUCUGAUAUCAGUCCGGUUUGGGAUACCCUCAUUGUUUCCAUGGAGAACUUGGUUUCUGAUUUAAAAGGAAAAGGUAACCUGAAAAAUGCUCUCAUGUCUAUUGAUAAAAGUGUUUUUGAUGGAAUAUUAGAAGCUAUGCAAGGUGGUCCUAGAAUUCAUAGUAAGGUUAUGGAACACUGUGCCAAGACAACCAAAGCUAAUACCAAACAACAAAAUUACGAUCAAAAGAUUGACACAACAUUGAUGAUGGCACCAACUAGAGACCUUUCACAUCUAUCUCUUGAAGAGGUUAUAGAUUCAGUAUCUAAGCGACUCAAAGAUUCUAUGGGCAUGUAUAACCGCAUAGCAGACGGUAUUUGUCGCAGUCAGACGGCUUAUGAACAGGAAAUGACAUCAUCACAGUGCUGGAAUGGAACAGAUAUUGGACAAUAUAUAACAGAAGUACCAGAAGCUAAUUUUAUCAGUCAAGCCAAGUCGAAUCGAGAAGUUAAAGUAGCUGUUAAUACACUACCUAGUUUACUUGCAUUGAAAGAUAAACUUACACAACUACGAGUUAAUAUAAGCAGUAUGUUAAGUCGUGAUAUAAUGCUUGGUGAUGAUCCUAUAGAUUAUAAAGAUAUGACAUAUAAUAGUGGAGAUCAUCAGACUAUAUUUAUAACUGAUGAUGAAGAUUUAUAUGGAUCAUCUGGCAGUGGUAGUGGUUAUUCUGUUCCAUCUACAGAAUCGCCACCUACACCAACAAUCUACAAGGAUAAAGAUUCGACAAAAAACAAACCAAAAAGUUCAGCUACCAUUUUCUCCCCAUCCCUCCUUUUACUUACAAUAUUGUUGUUUUUCAGCCUACAUUAAUAGUGAUGUCGUAUAGUAUAAAUUAAAAACUGUCCAACCUGCCUCAUACCUUUAUUUCAUCGAAUGUCUGCUGAUCUUUACUACACCUUAUUACAACAGCAAUCCAAAAAGUUAUUUUUGUCCUUUGACCAUGUCACUUUAAAUUGAGCUAGAUGGUAUGAAAUGUCUGCGAAAAGUUUUACAUGUGAUGUUGGAAAGAAAUUGAAAGUGAUGUGUUUAUUAGACAAAAUGCCUUUAAAUUGUUUUUAAGUUAUUGAAAGUGCUAAUUUGAUGUAGUUGAAAGGUGUAGAGUUAAGCAGUCUUAGUAUUUAUUUUAUAUGAAAAAAAUUAAGAAUGGGGUGGCACAAAUUGAAGUUCAAGGUAUAGGGCUAUGAAGAAAGGGUAAAUAUUUGUUAAUAGAUUGCUGGUUUUUAAAAUUGUCUGGACAAUAUAAUUAAUGUACAUUAUCCAGUCCCUCAAGUGAUGUCGCCACACUCAAAGCAGCACCUAAGUACCAGUAUAUUAUACUCUGAUCUUGAUUUUAAAAUGAUAAAAAAAUGGCUUCAUGCCGAAUGUCCUAGAAAGAAAAAAGUCAUACCUGAAUCAUCUAAUUGAAUAUUUUAAACGUAUAUUGUAUAUCUUUUUUCAAGGUGGUUUGUGUUACACAAAGCACAAUAUCUUAAUAAGUUUUAAAGAUUUAAGGUUGUAUAGAAUCUUCAUUGUAUUUUUUAUAACAAGGCUACAUUUUUAAAUCUAUCUCUUUUCGUUUUUUUGGCAUCGGGGAGUUAGUUUGUGUAUUUAAACUGGUAUGUUUUUAUUUAGUAGGGAAUUCAUCUAUCCAAAUAUCUUUUAAAAUCCAUACAUUUAGUCUUAUCAUUUUAGUCUUAUUUUUGUUGUUUUAUAACUUGAUAUACCUCACAGAUUACAAGACGUAGAAGUAGUAAACAUAGUCAUUUUACCGUGCAACAAUUCAUCUCAGACUUUAAUAUUUCAACCAAUACUUACAUUAUAAUUAGCUUUCAUUUGUUCAAUUGAUGUUUUAAUUUGAUUAUUGCUGUAGUGUUUGAUUUUUUUGACAAAUCAUUGCUGAUUUGGUUUUUCCUUUCCUUUUUUUUUUUUUAGUUUUACUCCAACUUUGUAAACAUUUUGAUGAAAACAGUUCAUUAAUUUUUGAAGCUUUAUUGUAAUGAUUUUCUUUUUAAAAAAAACCCAAACAAGCCAAGGUAUUGAUGGUGCAUAGAACUUAAGAUAUUUUGAUUUCUUCACAAAAAAAAAAAAAAAAAAAAAUUCAAUUUUUAUGAACGAAGCCCCAUGUAUUGAGAUAUGUAGACCUAUUUUUGUGAACAAAAUCGUAUUGAAUUGAUUACUUAGUGAGUUAUUUGAAUACUUGCAAUCUUGGUGUGUUCUUAAAAUCAAUUCAAAUGCAAGUUUACAUUAAAUAGGGCCACAGCAUUAAUAAUUUCCCAUUUAAAAAGAUUCAAAGAAAUACUAUUAAUGAUCCAUUGUGGUUUUUGUGUAGAAAUCAAAGUUUUGAAGUUGUGAUAUAAAAUAUAAAUAAUCAUUUGUAAAUAGUUUUUCAUUUUAAAAAUGUGAUCAUUUUGCUUAUCGACUCAUUUUAGCUAGUAUGUGUAAGAGCAAUAGAUAGCUGUUAUUAUUCGUAGGCUCUUUAUCAUCGAUAAUUGUAAUUUUCAAUCAUCAAUUUAUUCGGGCCAAACCUAGGAUAGGAAAAAAUAAUAAAAACUAUGGAAUAUUUGGAAACUGUGAAGAUAUUUUUUUUGAACAUUAAAUUUUAGAAACAAUUCGUAUUGUAUGUAAAUAAUUUUAAAAGUUUUUGAUACUAAAGGAAUUUCCUAUCCCAGAUUUGUCAAAUUUAAUAAAUCAAAACAACAGAAUCCUACCAGUGAACAAAUUAAUGGUUCAAGUUGUAUUUAAGUGAUGAUGAUGUUUUAUAUGUACAUUAUAUCUAAUUAAUUAAUUAUAUUGUUUUAUGUUUUGAAUGGGGCUUUGAGUUAACUACAUUGAGCUCCAUGUUAUUGAAUAAGGGGAGGUAACUCCAAAAGUCUUAAAUUGACCUGAACUUUUAUAGGGCGGUAUUAUUUAUUGGAGCUAAUUAGUGUUUAUAUGUUCUUUAAUCCCCCAGAGUUAAUUUAGUUUUAGCCUUAAUACGUGUGCAGAAAUAGGGCGUUCAUGUCUACGAAAUUGUCGUUUUUUUCAGCCCUCAUUAUUGUUCGGGAAUAGGUUAACGCUUUCAGCAAUGUCAUUGUUAGUUAGCCCAUAUUGAAACUAUGAUACACUGCAAGAGUAAAAUUGUACAGAUUUUUGAGCUACAAUUAUAUAAUUUUGUAGAUAAAGUUUUUGUACAUGACUAUGAUUAAGACAGAAUAGAUUGCUUAAGAUUUAUCUACAUUUAUGAGUAAUUUUAUGAGUAAUGGUCAUGUAGAUAAAUGUUGCAUUGUCUAUUACCUUUGAAAUUGAGAGCAGGAUUUGAUGUGAUUGUGGUGCUGAAGAAUUAUGAGAAAAACAAGCUUUUAAAGCUUGUGUAAAAGAAUUCUUAGGUACAUAUAGAUUUUAUUAUUAUUAUUAUUAUUAUUAUAUAUAUAUAUAUAUUUGUAUAAAAUGUAUGGAGUCAUCUUGUAUAAAUUAAAUUGUGUGUUUACUGUGCCAAGUACUUCGACAUCAAAAAAGUUAAUUUGAAUUCCGUAGUGUAUGGCAUCCUCACUUCCAAAACAGAUGACAGUAUUUGACAUUUAAUAUUUGUAAUUAAUUGUUAAAAUUAGUUUUAACUUCAUGAGAAUAAGAUUGAAGGUGAAAGAAUUAUGUGAGUAUUUUAUCAUACAGACAUCAGAAAAAGAAAAUUAAAUAUACAUGUAUAAUUAUAAUAAAUACAAAUUGACGAGAUGUUUGUGUAAUAAAAACAAAACUCAGAAGAACUGCAUUCUACUAUUAAACCAGUUGUCUUGUUAACUUUGACCUAGGCUGGAUCAGUUUUAUCAAACUUUUAAAUUAUUCACAAUAUCCUGAUUGAGUGAAAAGCAUCUGGGUUAGUCAGAGUGUUAAAACUUUUGGUGAGGAUGUUAGUGUUGUAAUGGGAGGGUUGUCUUUAGAAUUUAAGAAAGAGAUCAUUUUAUACAAAGAUAUGACACUCUAAGACAUCCUCUACUGUUCUGAGAAUUUCUUUCAACAGAAAUCAAACUGACUUUUUUUCUCUGUGUGUGUUUCAUGUUUAUAUUUUGUAACUCAAAGUUAUGUUUUUAAUGCUGUACAUUUUAAAGCCUAUUGUGAAUAGAUUUAAUAAUAGUUAGACUCCCUUUAACUUGUAUAUGAUUUUUUUUUUUCUCCAAUGCAUAUAAUUGUUCAUGUAUUAAAUAUCAUUCACUGUGUAAACUAUGUAUAAAUUGGCUUUAAUUAGCGAUAAUAAUGUCCCUAUAAUACUUAUUAAAUAUAGUAAUGAUUACAACAUUUAUUACACCCAAACGAUAAUUUCUUACUAUUAAUGUCUUUAUUCAUAACAUCAUAUAUAUAUGGAAAUAUAUAGGUUUUUAAAAUUUUCUGGCAAAUUAAAUCCCUGGUUUUUGAAAGUUUUAGGUUUUUAAUAAUGAUUUCCAAUUGAAAAAAAUAAAAUGCUUAUUUAAAUAGCAGAUUUUAAUUUUUAGAGGAUUAUAAAAAAAAGAUGACAUAUUUCUUUUAUCCUU